GGACUGUGCAGGGUUCGUAGCUUAAUUUUGUUUGAUCGAGAAAUGGACCUCAGCGGAAUGGAGAUGGACCUGGAACGGAUUCCGGCAAUGGAGAUGUGCUUGAGCAAAGUCGUCGACGACGGAAGCGUAGAGAGCCAAAGGUACUAUCUAGCAAGAAGGACAGCGUUGGAGAUGUUAAAGGACAGAGGCUAUGCUGUUGCCGAUUCUGAAAUAACUCUUUCGAUUAAAGAAUUCCGUGAAAUAUACGGCCAGUCUCCCGAGACUGACCGUUUAAAAAUCUCCACUUCUCUCAAAUCCGAUCCUUCCAAGACGGUUCUUGUCCUUUUUCUUGGAACAGGUGCAGUCAAGGUGAGUUCCAUCAGGUCCAUUGGAAACCAGAUAAUGGACAAGGACAAUCUGAGUCUGCUUAUAUUGAUAGUGCAAAGUCAAGUAACUAAUCAAGCUCAGAAAGCUGUAGAACUUUUCCCUUUCAAUGCUGAGAUAUUCAAGAUUGCAGACCUGCUUGUCAAUGUCACUAAGCACGCAUUGAAGCCGAAGCAUGAAGUCUUGACUGAUGAUGAGAAGCUGGAACUCAUGAAGAAAUAUAGUCUUGAAGAGAAACAGCUUCCAAGGAUGCUGCUAAAAGAUGCAAUUGCUCGGUACUAUGGGCUCAAGAAAGGCCAAGUUGUAAGAAUCUCCUACAACAGCAAUAUUAUGGGCUCAUUCAUAACUUAUCGUUGCAUCUGGUGAAAUUCAAAAUGGUAACUAAAAUGUUGCAAGUGUAAUGUAAAUCUGAAGCCUGUCUUUUGUUUCUUCUUGGUUAGUUCAGUACUAAUGGUUGUUACUCUUUAAUGUAUAUGUAUUUAGUAUUUACUAUUCCUAUUUUACUUCUUAUUGCUAUUGUGGUUUUGGAGAACAACUUGAUAUUUUAAAGUACUAGACAAUGACUGCUCUA